AUGACAGCUCCUGUCCAACUCGUCGAGAAGGCAUCUCGUACUUGCACCCGAUGUCGCGUCCGCAAACAGCGGUGCGACCGGUUGUUACCGGGAUGCUCUCGAUGUACCCUGAAGUUGGUGCGAUGUGACUACUCCACGACCCCAAACGGUCAUUCCUGUAUGGAGGCAACCGGAUCGUAUGUUGAGUUUGGGUCCUGCGGCUGGGACCUGUCGGCUUUUGGGCAGAGCGAACUCAUGAAGCUCGCCAUGAACGGCCCGGCUGAUCAACACUCCAACACUGAAAACAGGCCUAGUAACAAAUUGGGCAACAUUCUCUCUGAAGUCAACCUCACGCCUCAUAUUCUUAUCGAAGACUACACGCGUUCAAUCCAUAACUGGUUUCCCAUCGUCAACAUUGGUCAGUUACGACCCCGUAUUUACAACCCAUCAACGCCCAGCACGGACACAUCGACAACCUGUCUAUGUUUGGCUAUACUACUCGUUGCCACUCCAACGCGUGGUCAUAUGGAGCACUUUAGGCAGAAAAGAUUAUACACGACUCUUCAGUGCCUUUGUACGGCCUUGGAAUCGCAAAAUGAGAUCGGGAUACCUCUGGCUCAAGCAAAAUCUCUCAUCGUCCUAUAUGAGUGCGGCCACGGGCUAGCAAGGCAAGCAUAUUUGACUUUGAGUUCAACAGUAGCCAUGAUGAGUCUGCUUGGCGGUAACGCGGAGAGCACGGAGGAGCAAAUGCACUUAGAAGUGUGUUUGAUGAUACUUGAUCGCUUGCCACUGAUCCGCCCAACCUCAAGUGUCAUCAGUGCUCGGGUCGCUGGUCAGAUUGAUUCUCCAAGAACGGAGCCAUUUCCACUUGGCCCAAUCUCUCAGAGAAUUCGUUCAAUGGGCCAGGUUGUAUUUCUCUCUGGACGAGCACUAGAGCAUUUGCAAGGCUCGAAGGUGGGCAUCAGAAUGAAAGAAGACUAUGAUUUAAUUGACAGUGACCUUGAAAGUAUGCUGGAUCAUCUGCUCUCCCACAAGGACAGUUAUUCUGGAUCAUACUGCGAUCCUACGACUCUGGCACUCUGCUGCCUUUUCAUCAUCCGUCAAGAGCGUGUGAGAGAACUCAAUACUCAGCCUGGUUCUAAAGCGUACCUAGCGCUACAGGCCUGUCGUCGCAUGGUUUGGGACACAUGCAGAGAAUCCCUCGACAGCAACAAAGAAAGUGCCCCUACUUGCGAUGAGAUUGAUCAACUUGUUCCGACACUGCGGAUGUUUGCUCAGAGGUGGACGGUCGGAUACAAGUACCUUGACAGAAUUCUCGCUAGGGGCAAGAGCUACGAACGGGUUUAG